AUGCACCAUGACACUUUCCGACGAGGCGCCUCUGAUCAUGCCAUUGUCGUCACAUAUUUCUCCACCUACCCGGGACAGCGAGAUAAGCAUGCCAACGCAGGUUUAGUGCUCGGUGGUACCAGCGAUACUCAAUUUAUCAUGGACCCUUUAUCGAUAGCGACAGGAUGCGCCACUCUCAUUUCAACCAUUGGGUCCCUAUCACUGUCCAUCAACUCCUUUGUUCGCACUUGUCGCGAAGCCCGGGGUGAUCUUGACCGGGUGGCACGUGAGCUGCUCUCUCUACAAAAAGUCCUUGAACUCAUCCAGGAAGAUGUGGCUGAUGAGAGCAAGACAUUUCCCACGACUCUCGAACAACAUGUCUCGGGUAUCGUAACCAAUUGCAACUCGGUGGUCGUAGAGCUACAAGAGUGUAUCACGAAAUAUGGCGGCGAUAACCGACUCAAAUCCAAGGCUGGUUGGGCCAUCAAUGGACAAGGAGAUGUCGCAAAACUGCGCUCAAAUCUUGAGCAACGAUUACCGAAGCAAGGAGGAAACGACUACAUCCUUCAGAACUUUCUUGAGGAGAUGACGACAUAUACUGAGAAGACCAUGGAUGGCGCAUCUAUCGACGGAGGAGAUUCUAGCACAAAAGCAUCAUCUCUUGUUCUUGAGAAAGAAGAAGGGAGCGAUAAGCCUUCCGAUCCUGCUUAUCUUUCGGACUGGGAGCUGGAUUCUGCAGCGAGCGAUCCAGUGUCAUACAAGUUGAAGAAGAAAAGAUGGGAAGAGCAAAAGCGCCAGGAAAGGUUGGCCGAAACAAAGCUGAAAGACGUCCAACGUUCGCUCGAGUCUCCACAGCAGCACAUCCAACAGCCGAUCGCUUUCCACCAUUCAGGUCAUCGGCAACCUUCCGAGGAAGAUGAUGAGCUUGUAGUACCGCCCGAUGACGCUUACCUUGAAGAAUGGGAGAAGUCCUCAGUAGAGAGUGAAACAAAAUAUUGGGAGAAGAAGGAGAAAGAAUGGCAAGCUCACGUAAAUCAGGCAUAUUUGGGCGAAGUCGAGCGUUUAACGACUUCAGCCCAGUCUACAUCAUCACAGGACGAUGCACGAGGAGUCGCUGGAAUCCAUUAUCCAGACCAUGCAAGAGUUCAUGAGAGGCAGAUAUUUGAGGACCGAUCAACCGAAACCAGUCAAGCCGCCCAGGAACGAUAUAAUGAAAGGUACUCUCACGACUACGAAAAUGACGAACCUGAGGUAACGAAAGGUGUCUCAACAAACUCAUCGAAGACAGACCGCCUUACCAUCUCCGGAUAUGACGUAUUGUCAGAAACGCCAGACUUUAGCUACUUGGGGGUUGAGACUUUCCACGGCAAAUUAGUGAUUAACUGGCCCAUGCUAAUAGCGGUCACAGAUCUCUUGUCUGAAGAUUACUAUAUCGAAUCCUCCUGUAAUAGCUUUACAGCUUUGACGUGUUCAACACAAGAGUUCCCCUCGCAGAAAGACACUCUACGACCGAAGCGAUAUCUAAAACCUAGAGACAUCAAAAUUGUCUUCUACAUUCCAGUGACGACGAUGACUACUUCUUCUGUUUUUAAACGCCAAUGGGAGUUUAUCACCACUGCAGUUGUUGGAUUCUCGCGGCGUUUGGAUCUUAGCGACGAUGUCCCACCUCCAUGGCAUAACAUUGUCAUUGUCGUUGAGGGACCUCCAAGAUGGGAUGGAAUUCACCCUGAGAUCGAGAUUAUUCUCACAGAGCUGGGUAUACUGUACAAGACAGACAACUUGGUUAGUAAAGUGGAUGGUGUCUUACUGGAUCCGCCUUAUCAUAAAGAUCAUUGCAAAGUCUUUGGCAAAAUGAUCUGUGGGACAAUACACGAGUACAACCAACAAUCCGCCCCCAACACGCCUGUACCAAGAACAUCAUGGGUACUGAACCGCUCCAAGUAA